AUGAAGACAUUCCAAAAAAUCGCCUUUCUUCUCAUUGUUGCCCUAUCGGCCGUGAACGCAUUCACUUCGGUUUCCUCCACCUCUGGAUCCAACUUUGUCGUUUCUCAACGAAGCCGCGCUGCUCAAGCAACUGCGUGCCCCGCACGCAGCGGAGUUUCCAGCCUUCACAUGGGAGGGAAACAAUCCAAGUUUGGAAUCUUCUCUCCUGCAGUUUACGGAGCCAAGAUUGUGUUGGGAAACGACAAGCUCCUCAAAUUGAGAGGACAGGCUAUUUCGUUGCACAGUCAAGCUAUUGGAGAAUUCUGCCUCUGGGCUGGUGCUUACCACCUGAGAACGAAAUUGAUCAAGAUGGCCAAGACCAAUGGUGAUACUUUGGGUUUCUUGGUAUAA